UUUCCUCUCGUUUUUCUAAGACGAAGAAGAAGAAGAAGAAGAAGAAGAAGAAGGACAUGGGUGUUGAUCAGAGAGACGAGAGCAGAUGCAAUACGACCAUGAAGAAGAGAUCGUGCGAUGCUGUGGCCAAGAUCAGAGGUGAUGGUGCGGCGGCGAUGACCAAGACGACUAGCUGGAAAGUCCUUCCUGAGGAUGAAGACUACAUAGUGUUCUGUUUCAGAGACGACGGCGCGUUCGACGUGGUCAAGGAUAACCACCACAGCAAGUCGUCGGCUCAGGUCGAUGGCGCGACUUCGACUGCUCCAAGGCCCGUCAACCGGCCAGAGCUUGGUCACAGCAAGAUGGAAGCAUUAAGGAAUGAAGUCGUCAACAAUACUCGGUCUAAAGACGAAGGCAGCGGAUCGAGAGGCGGCGUGGAAUGCGAAAGCACGAAUAAGAAGGACAAGAAAGAUGGAAGCGACAUCAGAAAGGAGACGACGGAACGGACGGAUUCUAUUAAAUCAGACGGCAGCGGCCGCGGCUCUUUCUCCUUCCCCAUAUUGAGGUGGGAGUGGACGGGAAGUCCAGUGCAAAUGCCAAAGCCAGAGGGGGAGGGAUUGCCGUACUCGAAGAAGCAAAGAGUUCCACGAGUCCGCUUUCAGUGCUGCAGAUUUUGAGGCUUUUGUUUUUCCAAAUUUCCUUUACUUAAGGUUUUUUACUCGGAAUUAGGAGAUUCAACUGAGGAUUAGAUAUACUUGUUACCGUACGAACUUAUCCAAGCAAGGGUUACA